AGCUAUUGUAUUGUAGGUUUUAAACAGGAGUGUCACUGACGAGAGGGAUUUUGUGGCGAUGGCAGAGGGAGCGAGCAAGAAGAUGAUGGCGGCUUUGCAGUACUCCAAGUACGGCGAAGGCGCCACUGGUCUCAAGCAUGUGGAGAUCCCAGUCCCGACGCCCAAGAAGGACGAAAUUCUGGUCAAGAUCGAAGCUGCAGCGAUUAAUCCCGUGGAUUGGAAGCUCCAGAAGGGAAUGCUCAAAGUCAUCUAUUCUAUCAAAUUUCCAUACAUACCUUGCACUGAUGUGAGUGGAGAAGUUGUGAGCGUUGGUCCUGGUGUCACUGGAUUCUCACAGGGAGACAAAGUUAUCUCUUGGCUCGAUCUUAAGCGCGGUGGAGGAUUUGCACAGUAUGCUGUAGCUGGAAUAAAGUACACGGCCAAGAGGCCAUCAGGAGUUUCGGCUGUCGAGGCUGCGGCUUUGCCAGUGGCUGGACUCACUGCAUAUCAAAGCCUUCGAGACUCCGGUGGAUUGAAGUACGAUGGAUCUUACAAAGGAAACGUUCUCAUCACUGCUGCCUCUGGUGGCGUGGGUACUUAUGCUGUUCAACUAGCAAAGCUUGCCGGCGCUCACGUCACUGCAACCUGUGGUGCUCGAAACGUCGAUCUCGUCAGGAGCUUGGGAGCGGACGAAGUUUUGGACUACAAGACACCAGAGGGUGCUGCGUUGAAGAGUCCAUCGGGGAAGAAAUAUGACGUUGUUCUUCAGUGCGCAACUACGAUGCCAUGGUCCACUUUCCAGCCCGUGCUUUCUUCCAAAGGCAAAGUCAUCGAUCUAACCCCAAGCUUCGGAGUGAUGCUCACCAGCGCCUUCAAGUUCCUGACAAUGUCCAAGCAAAAGAUGACCAUCUUCGUGAUGUCAGCAAACGCGAAAGAUCUGGGAGAGCUGGCCGAGCUCGUGAACGAGAAGAAGGUGAAGUCGUUGAUCGACUCGGAGUUCCCGCUGGACAAGGCCGAGGAUGCUUGGGCGAAGAGCAUCGAAAGCCAUGCCACUGGAAAGAUCGUUGUGACAAACAAGGACGAAGCUGCAAGCUACUGACCGGGUCUUCAUAGCGGUUUGUUUGACGGAUCAGUAGUCCAUCUACUUGGGGAGGUAUGUGAAUAGUCAAGAAAGUUUGUAUAUCAGGUACUCGGCUUUUGUUUUUCAACGCGUUAUUUUGUUUUAUAUUUUUCAUGCUUUCGUGUAACUGUUUGUGCUUUGUUUUUUUUGGCAGAGUUUCGUCAUGACGGUGGUGGCGCCGUGAUUUCGAUCUUUGAAGCUUAAGGAUUUAUUUCUUAAGCUUAAGAGCGAUGAUCUCCACCUGGCUACGUUUCGUCCUUUCACUGUCUCAUCCAAAAGCACGGCACUGGUGCUCGAGAAUUCUAGACUCAUGAGUGAGCUCAGUCAGGGAAGAGGCAAAUGGCCGGGGACGAAGAUCGAAAUCACGGCAGCUCCAUUGUCAAGUCUCCCAACGAAACUCUCCAAAUUCUCGCUUCAAAGUUCGACAGUCUCCACAUGCUCUCGGCCACGGCAGGAUUUCGGCUAUGGAUAUGGAAGGACUCGAUCCAAAACACUCUCCAGCAGCUCCAGCAGCUAGGCAAGAACAACACCUCCAAAGUCAGGCAAGCUUCAUCUGAAAACUCUCUAGGAAUCGCUGACAGUGAAAACUCGAGCAUAAGUUAUCUCCAGCAGCUAGGCAAGAACAGCACCUCCAAAGUCAGGCAAGCUCCAUCUGAAAACUCUCUACGAAUCUCUGACAGUGAAAACUCGAGCAUAAGUUCUCUAGCAGCGAGCUCCUCAGGCCAGGAAAUCCCGGACAGUGGCUGCCUCGUGAUGCCGCCAUUCUCGCCUUACUCGGCCACAGUUCCAUGGCACACUGGAACCCGAGCUAUUCUCUCGCAGAUCUUUCCAAAGUAUGGGAACUACUGCGGACCAAACUGGUCGAGCGGUCGACAAAAAGGAUCACUGGUUUGGGACGUACCUCCGGUGGACUGGCUGGAUUACUGCUGCUUCAAGCACGACGUUGGCUACGACAGCCAUAGCCAGGAAGAUCUCUACAAGGCCGACUUGGAGCUUUUGGAGUGUUUGCGAAGGAUGCCGCGAGAGAGGCUAGGGCCACACAAUCCGAGUGGAUUUGUGCGGGAGUUCUAUCGAAGCGUGUGCACUCUGGGACUGGAGCGGUUUCUGAUACCGUACAGAAGGACGAUACUGAGGCAGCAGCGUAGAGUCAAGUGAUCUCUAGGAAAUGGACUUCUAGGAUAUUCCACGAACAGAUUCAGCAUAUCCUUAGACCCUUAUUUUUACUGUUAAGUGCACUCAUUUGGUCCCUUUAAUAAUCAUGGUGGACAAUGUUUUCUUUUUU